AUGGAUCCAGAGCGGUUGAAGUCCCUCACCAACAAGCGAGACGUCAUCCUCGCGAAGGUGAAGUGGGAAUUGUCCGUCGCGCAAGCCAUCAAAACCCGCAAUCCGUCCCUCGGUGAAGUGACGGAACGGCGGGACAAGUUGACCGAUCUCUCUCGGUGUUUUGAAGGUAUUCAGACCGAGAUCGAGGAGUCCACGCCGAACCUGGAGGAGGUGGUCACGGUGUUCAACCACCGAAUCCUGUUCGAGGAGGCGUACUUCCAGAUCAAGGACCUUUACACGGAAUACUUGGACCAACAUGUGGAGGAGCCAGAAGCCAGAUCGGAAAACCUGCAGGACAACGAUUUGCGGGACGCCGUCAGGGCGCUCCUGGAAUCGCAGCAACAGAUGCUUCUCGCACAGUGCCAGAAACCGACUCCGCAAUCGUUGGCGCUAGCGAUCGACAUCCCAAAGUUCACCGGGGAGCGUAAACAUUGGCGCUCAUUCAAGGACCUCUUCGAGUGCACGAUCCACAACCGGACCGACCUGCGGGAUUCGGUUAAGAUGCAGUACUUGUUUUCAUACCUGGAUGGGAAAGCGAAGGAGAAGGUUGACUCGUUUUCGAUUAACGAGGACAACUACCGCGAAGCGUGGGAUGCACUCGUGACGUUUUACGACAAGAAGAAAUACACGGUGUUUGCCCUCGUCCGGGAGUUUGUUGACCAGCAACAAGUCACGAGCUCGAAAGGGUUGAAAAAACUCAUGGCAACAUCCGAUGACGUCGUUCGCCAGCUGAAGGCACUGGGAAGGGAGUACGAGUCACGAGACCCGUGGUUCAUUCAUUUGCUGCUUGAGAAGCUGGACCGAUAG